AUGGCCCAAAGUAUACCCGACGUUGCGACGGUUGUCAAAGAUGCCAAAGCGACGUUUCAAAAAGAGUUCAAUCAAGAGGCGAACGUGGUGGUUUUCGCCCCCGGGAGGGUGAAUUUGAUCGGGGAGCACAUCGACUACAACGACGGAUUUGUUAUGCCGAUGGCUCUACCUCUCGUGACGGUAAUCGUAGGCACGAAAAUCCCCGGCGAAACAUCAACAGUACUAACAACAAAUCCGGAUGCCGACCCACCCAGAAAAACGACCAUCGAGAUGCCCAACCAGAACGCCUUGGUGAAAACCAUCACACCUGGCCCCCCGAAAUGGUCAAAUUACGUCAAAGGAGUGAUAUCCAAUUACCACGGGGGCACGCCUCCCGCUUUCAACGCCGUCAUACACAGCACCGUCCCCACCGGGGGCGGCUUGUCGAGCAGCGCCGCCAUCGAGGUGGCCACGUACACGUUCCUGGACGCGCUGGUCGGGCCAAACCCGAUUAUGCCCACUGAUAAGGCUCUCGCUUGUCAGAAAGCCGAACACGACUACGCCAACGUCCCUUGCGGCAUCAUGGACCAAUUUAUUGCAGUCAUGGGCAAAAAAGACAACGCGCUUUUGAUAGACUGUCGAAACAUGACUUCCACUUUGCUUCCCAUGAAAGACAACAACAUUGUGAUACUCGUUACCAAUUCUAACGUCAAACACGAACUCACAGGGAGUGAGUACUCGUCCAGAAGGACCCAGUGUCAGCAGGCAGCUCUUCUACUGAAGAAACUGAGCCUGCGGGACGCCACUUUGGAAGAUAUUGAGUACUUAAAAUCCAUUAAUACGGCUGAGGAUAUAGUGAAACGCGCUCGCCACGCCGUCACGGAAAUAAAACGGACCCUUGAUGCCUCCGAGGCUUUGAAAGCCGGAAAUUACAAGAAGUUUGGUCAGCUUAUGGUGGAGAGCCACAAUUCGUUGAGGGACGACUUUGAGGUGUCUUGCCCCGAAUUGGACCAGCUUGUGGAGUUGGCCAUGCAAGUGGAGGGAGUCCUAGGCAGUAGAAUGACGGGAGGGGGAUUUGGUGGCUGCACCGUGACGAUGGUCAAAUCCGCGUCCGUCGAUAAGGUCAUUGAUCAUGUCAAGAAACACUACAAGGGGACGCCCACAUUCUACAUCAGCAAACCGAGCGAGGGGGCCCAAGUACUCUCCAAAUAAACCAAACAAUUGUAGCCAAUUUCUAUUUCUAUAAAAAAUAAUAAAUAUACCUAAUUUCCUACUUU